UGCGACUGAACACAUCCUCCAUUCUUGCACAACAUCGUGAGUAAAAACGCAGCUAGUUUAACCCCAAAGCGCCUCGUGUCCCCGGGUUAUACUCGCGAGCUUCCACACAUGGCGAAGAGACGAGCCGCUGAGGACUCUCUGCUGCUGCACGAGCCGCCCUCCAAAAGCUGCUUCCGGCCCCUCAGCAGUGUGGAGCGACUGCUGGACAGCAUGGCUCCGUCGGCCGGGGGUUUGAACCCGCCGUCCCUGCAGGCUCUGGUGGGCAGCCGCUGCAGGAAGAGACCGCACGGGCACUACUUGGAAGACCCCCAGAAACCAGAAGAAACGGACAAACCGGCUCACUGCCACGCCGGGAAACCUGCAGCAGCGGCGGCUUUGACUUGUUCUGGAAGGAUCCAGCACUGUCGCAGCUCCAGCGCGCUCACGAGCUCCAAGAAGCGUCCGCGAGACGACAGCGCGGGUCCAGAGACGGUUGAUCCGGUUCUUCCUAAACCUGCUGGGGAUAAAGCGGAUGAAGCCACCGACGCCGAAGACUGCUCUUUCAACUCGUUCCAGUACUGGAGGGUCCCCCUGCCCGCCCUGGACCUCUCCCUGCUGGACGAAGACGCCGCCGAGCGUCCCCGAAGCAAAGACCAGUCAAAGGCCGAAGACGCUGGCUGCUCUGACGCCAUGGAAACCUGAAGCUGACUGGUGAAGCCAGCGUGCUCUCCUCUGUCCGUACAUCAGCAGUCAGACGUGAUUAUGAUGAUGGUGAUGAUGAUGAGAUAUGUGAUGCGUCUCAGCAGAUAGAAGCGACACGUUAGGGUUGUUAGAAAAGCGUCCAGCGAGAUGCAACAGCCGCACGUCGCAGACU